CCCGUGUUUUUCUAAGAGCCAACCAACAACCGAUGAAACGAGGUCGAUACUACAAUCAUGGGCGCUAGCAAAAAUAUUCCGAAUGGCAUGUCGAGAGGGGCAGGAACAGCCGGAACCACCAGCAGCAAUCACAACGACAGUCGCGGCCACCGACGGAGAGGUUCCGAUCCCCCCGCACAAGGGACCGACGCUAAUGUUCCGAACAGCAUUUCUUUCGGGAAAUCAAACAAGGCGGCAGGCAAUAGCAGCAAGAGCCUUCGGGCGAGGAAACGCUACCUUGAACAACAGCAUUCUAGCUAUCGCCAGCAGAGGAACGACGACGAUGUAACAACCCACACGGACGAUUGCUCGUCUUUAUCGGAUGAGGUGGGGCGCUUGCGCUCACACAAACACGACCCGAGCCAGGCGCACCACACGUCGUGGAGCCCACCGAAGCCCGAGCUGGAACUCAACCCGUACCGUGAAGUCCACCAGCUCCAGAAAAACAGAAGAGAUCCCAAACCGAAGCUCGGGCUCUCCGACCGGGGCAUUGAAAUCCGGGACAGUGCAGCCCCCAAGAAGUCCUGGCAGCACAGCGAUCCGAAAAACAGCCGAAGAAUACGUGGCGACGAGAAGCACCUCGACGAGAUGGGAUUCUCGUCCGGAAACGACUGGGUCCCUUCGAACUUUUACAAGAAAACCACGCAGAAAUCAGCGCUGCACCAGCUUCUGGCGGGAGAAAACAGCGCCGCCAAGGGCAGAGGAAGCCGAGAAACGGGCAGCAGCUACCGGAAAAAGUUUCACCAGCACCAGAACGAUGACACCUAUGUCUCACCCUACCCCCCGUCGCAGAAACAAAUCCGGGCCGCCGAGAAGAAACGAAACGAGCAGACCGAAGCGCAGCGGAAACAGCAGCGGCUCUACGUGCCCAUCCUUCCAGAGUCAAUAAACCACCAAACACGGAAGCAAAAAUCGCGGAAGAAGCCUACAGGAAUAGCCGAACACAACCACGCUUCGGAAGGGGUGGAGAAAGCAUACGGAUACUCGGACAACAGCAGCAACAAAAACAGUCUCGACAACCACAUAGGCAACGCUUCUAGCGGCAGUGCCACCCUAACGGUGGACAGGGAAAUCGCGAAGCCCGUGAGCGCCCUAACGAUUCCCAACGCCAUUUCUACCCCUGUCGCCGAGAAGAACAUUGCAGACGAGAACGAUGCAUUCCUGGAGGAGUUCAUCGAGGACAUGGACGACGACGGUGACGGGGACUACGAAGACAUCGAGAUCGAUGAUAUCGACCUCGAGGAGUUGGGCAUCGAAGGUAUCGACGAGGAGUAUACGGUGUACGACGAGUCGUUUUUCAAAGAGGAGAAACCACCGAAGGAACCUCUGGACACCGAAGACGACGAAAUAAUCACCGAAAACGAGGAAUACACGGUCGAGGAAUUCUGUGAGGUGGAACAGAACCCAUCCCUGUCUACGGCGAGAUCCAACGUUCCGAGCAACAUCCACCGAGCCCUCAACGACAAUGCUGCCCUCGAUCAGGUAGACACAAAUCAGAACAGCGACGCAGAGUGCGAGAAGCGCACCAUACCCUACACAAUAUCCUCCAGAACACAGAAGAAAAAACAACUGGAACCGGUCUCUGUCGCGUCGUCGUCGAGGUAUCGGCCAUCUAUCCAGGAGGCAGACGGCGACGACCUAUCCUCCCAAACGUCCAUAUCGUACGAAGUGGUGCACGAGGAGCACCGGGAGGGCGAGGGCGAGGACGAGGAAAAUGGAUUCGAUCGUGGCAUCGAUGGCAACAGUGGGGAAAGCAGCAACAGCAAAAGCAACAACGAGCAGUCCACGCUGACGACCCAGAAGUCGUCCUUGUUCUUCAAGGUGACAACCAAUGAUUGCCUGGACAUUCGGUGUUUCGACAAGGAGAAGAGGUUCCGACCGAGCUGUGGGGUUUACACGGUUGUGUGUCUGAUUCUAGUGCUGGUUGCCGUGUGGACGUGGCUUGUUCUACGGCUGCUGCGUGAGAAAGACGGAGAGUAGGCCGAUUGCGUAAUAGUGCG